UGCCCUUAUUUGUUUGGCGACAAUGAUAAUUACCGUGGAAGCUUUUUCCCUAAACGUUACCCUCUUCGGAAUGAAAUCAUGAGCUAAAACCAACAAGCUCAAAAUUUCACUCUCUCUUUCACCUCUACAUACAUUCUCAUUCCACUACUCCUUUUUUUCCGAUUUCAAUCGAUCUUCUUUCUUCACUUCUUCGUUUUCAUAGAUUCGCAUUUUCGACCUUCAACACUUCAAUUGUGAACGGUAACGCUGUAUUGAUUCGAUUAUUUUUAAUUCUAGGGUUUAUAAAUUGUCAACAAGUUCAAAAAAAUAUAACCCUAGUUUCAGUGAUUUUGUGAUUAUUAUUUGAUUUGAAUUUGAAUAAGGAAUGGCCUCUUAUAGGCCUUUCCCUCCUCCACCGGCGAGUCAAAACCCUAUCGCACCACCACCACCUCCGCCGCAACAACGGGGGAAUAAUAAUUGGGGUGGUUAUGGUUACGGUGGCGGUGUUGGUGUUGGUGGAGAUUCUUCUACUUCUUCAUUCCCUCAAAUACCUCCAAAUUCAAAUUAUCAACAUCAUCAGCACCAGCAUCAGCAUCAUCAUGCUCCUCCUCCACCACCACCUUCAAAUUACUAUCCAUAUCCACCACCACCGCCUCCACCACCUGAUAAUUCAUACCAGCCACCACCUCCGCCGCCACCUGGUCCUAUGUAUUAUCCACCUAAUAAUCAAUAUAAUCAUCAACAACCACCGCCUCCGCCACCUCCUUUAUCGCCGGGUGCUUCGAUGCAGCCUCCACCGCCACCUCCUCCAGUGUCUCCGCCUCCUCCUCCGAACAACAAUGAAGUGGAGAGGGGAGUCAAUAAAGGGUCUUCUGGGAGACGUGAUGUAGUUCCGCAGCAUAAACAGCAGCAUAAGCCUUCUCAUGGGCAUCCUCCAAGGAGGGUUGAGACGGAGGAAGAGAAGAGGUUGAGAAAGAAGAAGGAGUAUGAGAAGCAAAGGCAAGAAGAAAAGCAUAGGCAGCAACAGAAGAAGCUGAAGGAAUCACAGAAUAGUGUUUUGCAAAAGACUCAAAUGGUGUCAUCUGGGGGGACUGGAAAGGUGCAUGGUUCUAUUGCAGGGUCUCGAAUGGGAGAGAGGAGAACUGCGCCCUUAUUGGGCGGUGAGAGGGUUGAAAAUAGGUUGAAAAAGCCCACCACUUUUUUGUGUAAACUCAGAUUUCGAAAUGAACUUCCGGAUCCAACUGCUCAACCUAAGCUAAUGGCGUUUAAGAAAGAUAAAGAUCAAUAUGCAAAAUAUACAAUCACAUCACUGGAGAAAAUGUACAAACCCAAACUUUUUGUGGAGCCAGAUCUAGGGAUACCUCUGGACCUGCUUGAUCUCAGUGUUUACAAUCCUCCCAGUGUCCGACCACCUCUUGCUCCAGAAGAUGAAGAUUUAUUGCGAGAUGAUGAAGCUGUUACUCCUAUGAAAAAAGAUGGUAUUAAAAGAAAAGAGAGGCCUACUGAUAAAGGUGUCGCUUGGCUUGUUAAAACACAAUAUAUAUCUCCUUUAAGCAUGGAAUCGGCCAAACAGUCGUUAACUGAAAAACAAGCUAAGGAGCUGAGAGACAGGAAGGGAGGCCGCAGUCUCUUGGAAAAUCUUAACAAUAGGGAAAGACAAAUCAGGGAAAUAGAAGCAUCAUUUGAAGCAGCUAAGUCCCAACCUGUUCAUGCAACUAAAAAAGAUUUGUACCCUAUUGAGUUUAUGCCAUUGUUGCCUGAUUUUGAUAGGUAUGAUGAUCAGUUUGUUGUUGCUGCAUUUGAUAAUGCUCCAACUGUUGAUUCAGAAAUGUACAGUAAGAUGGACAAAUCUGUUCGUGAUGUCUCUGAAUCAAGGGCAGUUAUGAAAAGUUAUGUUGCAACAAGCUCAGAUCCUGCAAAUCCUGAGAAAUUUUUGGCAUACAUGGUCCCAGCACCAGGGGAGUUGUCAAAGGAUAUAUAUGAUGAAGAUGAAGAAGUCUCUUAUUCUUGGGUUCGCGAGUAUCAUUGGGAUGUUCGAGGUGACGAUGCACAUGAUCCCACAACAUUCUUAGUUUCGUUUGAUGAGUCAGAAGCUCGUUAUUUGCCUCUUCCAACUAAACUAGUUUUAAGAAAAAAGAGGGCUAAAGAGGGAAGAUCGGGUGAUGAGGUUGAACAAUUUCCAGCUCCUGCUAGAGUGACUGUGAGGAGAAGAUCAACCGUUGCUGCAAUCGAGCGGAAGGAUUCUGAGGUUUAUACACGUUUAAAGGGAAAUUCGUCCAAGAGGCUAGAAAUGGAUGACGAUCUUGACGACCAACAUAGAGCUGCAGAGCACCAUGAUAAUUUCCAAUCUAGUGGAGGAGAAGAUGAAAUGUCCGAUUGAUUCUUUGGUGCAGAUGCCGCUACCCUAAAGCAAAAUUGUUCAAUGAAUAUGAUGGUUGGAUUGGCCUCGCAUAGCUGAAUUUGUAUGUGUUUCAAUGAAGGUUAAAUAAUAACAUAUCUCAUUUUUUUGUGUCCAUUUUAACCUAAUGCAUAUACUUUCAGAUUGUAGGAAGCUGUUAAAUUAACAGAUUUUGUUUUCAAUACGUUUAUAAUAGAAAAUGUCGAGAAAUAAUGAAUUUUAACGCAUGUUAUAAACUAUAUGGGUUCUUGUCA